AUGAUGCAUUUAAUAUAUUAUGUAAUUAAAAAUGUCAAUCCUGGUCGAUUUAGAAUUACUAAAGAAGGAUUUGAACCAGAAGAUUUCACAAUUGAACCAAAUAAACAUAUUCUUACAGAAUUCUUAAAUAAGUAUGACAACACUGAUAAAGACACUAAUGGAGCAUUUUUGUCAUAUGGGACAGUAUGUUUUGUAAAAGAGAAACUUUGCGAGAAUGAUGAUGGUAUUCAAUUCAAUGUUAAAAUGCAAUUCAUUGGAUUUAGACAACAAAGUCUUGAUGACAUUGAUGAUGAUAGAAUUACAAUAGGAUUUACAACAACAAAUUAUCUUCCAAAGAAAUUCUUAAAGAAGAAAAAUCUCAAUUAA